AUGGCAUUGAAAUCCGCAAUCCGCAAUCUACGGAAUAAUCCCCACCUCCUCUUCGUUCGCCUGCCCAAUCUCCUUUCCUUCCUGUGCAUUGUCGUCGGCGUUGCCUGGUUGCUUCUCCUGCCUCUCAACGAAUACUCACGACAAACCUACAUUUCCGAGAAUGCGCUCCUGCCGGGCCAGGUCCAUGCGUAUUUUACUGGCAGCGAGCAAAACAUCUUCCGCGGAUACAAGAAGGAAUUGGAAGGACUGUUGAAUGAUGGCCAAAAAGACGAGAAAGAAGUGACCGCUGCGGUCUCCGAUAAAGUGCAGUCGAUCUUGGAGGCGGCAGGGCUUAAAUUUGCCAGGCAGAAGUAUGAGUAUACUUCUGCUGGAAUCACGCACCAGGGCGAAAAUUCCUACGCCAUUAUCCAUGCGCCCCGUGGUGAUGCCACGGAGGCAAUUGUGUUGGUUGCGCCUUGGAGGACGGCCGAUGAUAAAUUGAACUUAAAUGGCGUUACGCUUGCCCUGACAUUGGCCAGGUACUUCAAGAGAUGGUCGUUAUGGUCCAAGGAUAUCAUCUUCCUGAUUACCCCCGACAGCAAGACUGGAACCCAAGCUUGGAUCGACGCAUACCACGAUAUGCAUCCUGUCUCGGUGCAGCCGCUGCCGUUAAAGAGCGGCGCCUUGCAAGGAGCUUUGGUCAUUGAAUACCCCCUCGAACACCGCUUCCAGACCCUCCACAUUGUAUAUGACGGAGUCAAUGGCCAACUUCCCAACCUCGACUUGUUCAAUACCGCUGUGUCCAUUGCAGGUGGCCAGAUGGGAAUCGGCGCCAAUCUACAGGAAAUGUGGGCCCACGACGAUAGCUACGAGCAUCGUCUGCAGACCAUGUUCCGCGGUAUGACCAAGCAGGGUCUCGGAUAUGCCACCGGUGCUCAUAGUAGCUUCAUGCCAUAUCACAUCGAUGCCAUCACUCUGCAGACCAAGGGCGAGGGCUGGGAAGACGAGAUGGCUCUGGGUCGAACGAUUGAGUCUCUUUGCCGUAGCUUGAACAAUCUGCUCGAGCACCUGCAUCAGAGCUUCUUUUUCUACUUGCUUAUGCAGUCUAAUCGGUUCGUCAGCAUUGGAACUUAUUUGCCUAGUGCUAUGCUGCUCGCUGGGAACUUCACUAUUAUGGCUAUCGCCUUGUGGAUGCGCACUGGAUACUACUCGGAAGCCAGGUCCACUGCUGAACCAAAGAGAGAGAAGACAUCUAGCGAAGAAAAGGCAAAGACAGGUCCUAUCGCUGAACGGCAUUUGGCCUUGCCACUCUCGCUUGUUGUUGGGCUCCAUCUGCUAGGUCUUGUCCCUCUUUGGGUGUUUAACAACAUCUUCCACCAGUACUUCGCAACUAUUACCUACGUUCUUGUCGGUGUGGAUGUCAUCCUCCCCUUGUUCCUCGCCGCAAUCCUCUCCAAUGGCCUGGGCUUAUCAAAACCAAUCAUCCCACAACAAUACCACCUCAUCAAAUCCUUCUCCCUUCUCCUACUCGGCCUCUCGCUCUCAACCCUGGCCACCCUCAACUUCUCCCUUUCAUUCAUGAUCGGUCUCCUCUGCACGCCCCUCAGCUUCAUCGCCCGCAUGCAGGGCCCCGCCCCUGGGCGCCUUGCCACCUCCGGCCUGGGCCUGAUUCUCCUCAACGUCCUAUCCCCACCGACAGUCCUCCUCGGCGUCUGCUGGUACUCCGGCAUCUCCGUCGAGACCGUCCUCACUGAGGCGGCAUUCGGCUGGGACGUCUGGGGCAUGUGGACGCAGGUCGUGGUUUGGUGUGUGUGGUGGCCCUCUUGGCUGAUUGGCUGUGUGUUGCUCGGGUCCUCGAUUUUCUGA